AGCCUUCUGCAAGCCAGUAGGCAAGUGAUUUACCACUGAGUUUCUUCCUGAACCCAACACUCUUCAAUUAACUCAUAAACAAUGAACUCCUACAUUUCACCGUUGUUGCAACAGACUUGGAUUGAACAAGACAGGCUGGGCCAAGCGUUUGAAGAUGCCUUCAAAGUGCUGACACAGCAUUCGCUUGGAGAAGCUCAAUACUCCCCAGAACAUAAAAAUUGCAUGGCCUACAUUAACCACUACCCGCACGUCAGAGACAAUUCCAACUACUACGGAGUGUUACCCAUAGCAGAAGCACCCUGUAACUGGACAAGUGUCACCAAUGGUUCUUCAGACUUUUAUUUGGAAGGAAGUUUUCAUCAACCCCUGCACAGCAUACCGGGAAGCCAUCUGCUCCAAGCCUCCUUCCUCCAGCAAAAGGGAGGAAAAGUCAGGAGGAAGCUUCGGCUGUUUGAAUACCUUUUCGAGUCCCUGUGUAAUCCAGAGAUGGCGUCUUGUAUUCAAUGGGUCGAUAAAAGCAAAGGUGUCUUUCAGUUUAUGUCAAAAAACAAGAAGAAGCUUGCUGAGCUUUGGGGCAAAAAGAAAGGCAACCGAAAACCCAUGACUUACCAGAAGAUGGCCAGAGCCCUGAGGAAUUAUGCCAGAACUGGGGAGGUCACAAAAGUCCGGAGAAAACUGACCUACCAGUUCAGUGAAGCUCUUCUUCAAAGGCUCUGUUCACCCUACACCGUUUAUUCACAGUGCGCCCUGCCUGACCAGGAAUAUUUCAGGUUAAACCACUAUGGUAACGUCCACACGCAGAGCUAA